AUGUAUUCCCAAAAAUAUAGCCCAUAUGAAAAACACAAAGAACAGAGAAUAAUUUUCACUAAGGCUGAAGAUGAGAAACUCAAGCGAUUAGUCGAAAAAAGCGGAAGGAGGCCGAAUUGGAAAUCAAUUUCAGCCGCAAUGAAGACAAGAUCGCCGCGACAAUGCAGAGAACGUUAUCGAAACUAUCUAAAUCCGAAUAUUGAACACUCUGAAUUCACAAAAGAGGAAGAUGAAAUCAUUUUAUCACAAUUUGCAGAGCUUGGCAAUCAAUGGAAGAAAAUCUCGGAAUCACUUCAUGGAAGGACUGGAAAUUCAAUUAGAAACCGUUAUCAUUCAUUGGUACGACAACAGCAACGUAUGAGUCAGCUAAACAUCAAUUCAUAUCCUCAAACGCAGAAAAAGGAGAUAAAAGCUUCGACCAACGAAAAUUCUCAGGAGCAAGCAUACAAUAUUCCUGAAUUUUUGCAAUCAAUGUAUAUUCCUCUUGACAGCAUCUUUUUCGAUGAUGCUCCGGAUAGUAACUAG